AUGAAACCGCGGACGUCACUACUUUCCAUCCUGCCCUUUAUCGGCGGCGCAAUGGCCAGAGGUAGCCGAACCUGGUAUGCACCACCAGAGGUUCAGGCGGGCACGGUAUUUGAGUUCAUCUGGUCUGUCGUUCUCUUCGGCCUGUUCGUGACCAUCCUUCGACGCCUUCACCUCGUCCCGCCGGGUCGCUACGCACGUGCUCCCUAUAUUCUCCUCUCCAUCGUCGCAGGCGCUUCCUCAAUCUCGCACCUUGUCUCGGGGGUUUUGUUCGUGGCCACCAGAGUCGAACAUGGCCUGCAAUUCAAUGUUAUGCACGGUUUGAGUGCGUUCGGCAUCUGCUUGGCGCACAUCGAUCUUGCUUUUGGACCAGCAGUCUGCCUGUGGCUUAUCCAUCUCCGGGGCAGUUUGGCGCCCACGGUUGAGGCCAAGCCACUUCAUCUAUGGGUCUCUCAGUCCUGGAAGCGCAUUCUCGAUUGGUUGCUCGUGGCCGUCACCUUUAUCCUCGCCAUCUCGAUGACAGUGAUCAUAAACAUUGUGUGGAUGGAAUAUGGAGCGGGUCAUCUGAGAGGGGACCAAGUUACGCACUUCCUGAUCGUCAACCGCAACCUCAACUUUGCUGUCGUUGCAUUCGGCUUGCUCCUCUCGAUCGAUAUCGCCGUUUCUUUGAUUUCUCUCAAGGUCACUCAGAGAAGGGUACACUUCAUCGAUCCUCUGACUACCCGACUGGUUGUUGCCGUCUUGCCUUUUGUGGUCCUCAGGUUCAUCGAGUCUUUGGUCCUCACGAUCUAUCCAGAGAGCUACGCGAUGCGAUACACUGACUAUGACGUCCUCAUCCUCUUGACCAUAAUCCUUGGUGGCUUGUGCACUGUCGGAUUCAUUGGCGGUGUGGCCUCGACAAUGACGAUUCCAAACGUGCUUUGGGUUUCGGGAGCCAAUGGUUCUACUUCUGCUCUCCCUAUUGUUCAAGGCGCCAGAUAUCCGCACGAGUAG